GAGAGAGGGAGGAGAGGAAGGAAAGGAAGGAAACGCUGAAAGAGACUGAGAUACACGUACAGCAAAGUUCACCGCCCACCCUGCUGGAAAUCGGAGGCUUGGCGCUGUCCUUUCGUCGGGGUUAGGGGCAGAGAAAGUUGAGAAUGUCUACAUCAGACGAAGUGGAUGGGCUGGGGGCAGUCAGACCCCACUAUGGCUCUGUUUUGGAUAAUGAACGUCUUACAGCUGAGGAGAUGGAUGAACGGAGACGGCAGAAUAUUGCAUACGAAUAUCUCUGUCACCUGGAGGAAGCAAAACGGUGGAUGGAGGCAUGUUUGGAUGAGGAGCUGCCUCCAACAACAGAGCUUGAGGAAGGGCUGAGGAAUGGAGUGUAUCUUGCCAAACUUGGCAACUUCUUUAGCCCAAAGGUAGUGUCGCUCAAAAAGAUCUACGACUGUGAACAGACCAGAUAUAAGGCAACCGGGCUCCAUUUCCGCCACACAGACAACACCAUCCAGUGGUUUAACGCAAUGUCGAACAUUGGGCUGCCGAAGAUCUUUUACCCUGAAACUACAGACAUCUAUGACCGUAAGAACAUGCCCCGAUGUAUCUACUGUAUCCACGCUCUCAGUUUGUACCUCUUUAAACUGGGAUUGGCACCACAGAUUCAGGAUCUUUAUGGAAAAGUUGCUUUCACAGAGGAGGAGAUUAACAACAUGAAGACUGAGCUGGAGAAAUACGGGAUUCAGAUGCCAGCGUUCAGUAAGAUCGGGGGAAUUUUGGCCAAUGAACUGUCAGUGGAUGAAGCUGCCUUGCACGCUGCUGUCAUUGCCAUCAAUGAUGCCAUUGAGAAGGGUGUUCCAGCAGAGACUCUGGCAGCGAUGAAGAACCCCAAUGCCAUGCUGGUCAAUUUAGACCCAACACAAAGUGUGCAGUAUCAGGACACCCUGAGUGCUGCCAAGCAUGAGAAAAUGGCAAACGCCCGAAAUAAGGAUGUGCCUGGGAGCCCUCAGGAAGAGAGAGACGUUUAUGAAGAGCUCCUCACACAAGCUGAGAUCCAGGGAAAUGUAAAUAAAGUCAACUUACAGAAUGGCCUGAAGCAUGUAGAUGGAGCCCUGGAGCAACAAGAUGGGACAGCUCUCUACAACGCCCUGAAGUCACCAGCCUUAGGCCUGCGAGAUGUGGAGUUGGACAACUGCGACUGGUACCUCAAGCAGCUCUCCUGUGACAAACAGCUGAAAGCCCAGGAGCAGGGCUCAAAGGAGCCUCUGACGAAGGAGGAGUUACAGUUCGGAGUUGACCAAGCCAACCAAGAUGGUCAUCGGUUCAGGAGAAUGCUGGAGGCUAUAUCUCGAAUCAAUGCAGCGAUCCGUAAAGGUGUAGCAGAGGAUACAGUGACGGAGCUGAUGAACCGUGAUGCCCAGUUACCAGAGGCGUACCCUUUUGCUGCUGAGCUGUAUCAGCAGGAGCUCUCCACCCUGCAACAGCAAAGCCACCAGGGUAACCUAACACAUGCCGAGCUGGCUGUUGCUGUGGAGAUGUUAUCUUCUGUGGCACUGAUCAAUCGCACGCUGGAGGCUGGAGAUGUGAAUGGGGUGUGGAGACAGAUCCAGAACCCAGUGACAGGACUCACUAAUGUGGACGAUGGCAAUGCUCAGAGGUAUGUGGAUGAGCUGAUGAGAAUGAAGGCCAGGGCUCGAGCAGAGGGCAAUGAGUUUCUCACCUGGAACGACAUCCAGGGAUCGGUUGACCAGGUGAACGUGGUGGUCCAAGAGGAACAUGACCGAAUUAAGGCGAUUGGCCUGAUUAACGAGGCUGUGGAUGAAGGGGAUCCUCAGAAGACCCUGAACGCACUGCUCCUGCCGAGUGCCAAGCUUGCUGAUGUCUUGCCCCCAGUGGCUGAACAUUACCAGGAGACCCUCAUUCGAGCGAAGAGAGAGAAGGCUCAGAUCCGCAUUGUUAUUGGCAAAGAUCCAAACAACCUUGGUGCUUGUCCAGUUCCCUGCAGAGCUGCCUUUUCAAGCAGACUGCUUUUGGCUGGAUCGCUGGUUGUAGACCGUGACAAUGGCAGCCAUUGGGUCAGGCACUGGGUGAAGGGAGGUUACCAUUAUUACUACAACCUAGAGACAAAACAAGGAAGCUGGGAGCAGCCACCUGGGUUUGUCCAGAACAACACACAACUGAGCAAGGAAGAAAUCCAGUCAACGAUUUCGGGAGUGACAGCUGCCUAUAACCGAGAGCAGCUCUGGGUGGCCAAUGAGAGCCUCAUCACCAAGUUACAGGCACGUUGCCGAGGUUACCUGGUACGGAGAGAAUAUUCAGAUCGAAUGAACUUCCUAAAGAAACAGCAGCCAGCAAUCCUGACCAUUCAGUCUAACUGGAGAGGUUACAAACAAAAGCAGGCCUACAAGAAAAGGCUUCAGUACCUCAAACACAACACAGACUCUGCGGUGAAGAUACAGUCGUUGGUGCGGAUGCAGCAGGCCAGGAAGAAAUACAAGGAUCGGCUGAAGUAUUUCAAGGAUCAUGAAUCUGAUAUUAUUAAAAUCCAGGCAUUCAUCAGAGCAAACAAGGCCCGAGAUGAUUAUAAAACUCUGAUCAAUGCGGAGCAGCCUCCAAUGGUUGUGGUCCGGAAAUUUGUCCACCUGCUCGAUCAGAGUGACCAGGAUUUCCAGGAGGAGAUGGAAAUGAUGCGACUAAGAGAGGAAGUGGUUACUCGGAUCCGAUCCAAUCAGCAACUGGAAAACGACCUCAAUACAAUGGAUAUCAAGAUUGGGCUCCUGGUGAAGAACAAAAUCACAUUGCAGGAAGUAGUGUCGCACAGCAAGAAACUGACCCGGAAGAACAAAGAGCAGCUGUCAGACAUGAUGCAGAUCAACAAACAGAAAGGAGGCCUGAAGGCCUUGAGCAAGGAGAAACGCAUGAAGCUCGAGGCUUACCAGAACCUUUUCUACCUGCUCCAGACUAACCCCACCUACCUGGCCAAGCUGAUUUUUCAGAUGCCUCAGAAUAAAUCCACCAAGUUCAUGGACUCAGUCAUUUUCACACUCUAUAAUUACGCUUCGAACCAGAGAGAGGAGUACCUGCUGCUGAAACUCUUCAAGACUGCCCUCCAGGAGGAAAUCAAGUCAAAGGUAGAUCAACUCCAUGAGAUCAUCACAGGAAACCCCACCGUUAUUAAGAUGGUGGUCAGCUUUAAUCGUGGAGCACGAGGACAGAACGCUCUCCGACAGAUCCUGGCACCUGUUGUCAAGGAGAUCAUUGAGGAACGGUCGAUGAACAUCAAGACGGACCCUGUGGAUAUAUACAAGGCUUGGGUGAACCAGAUGGAGUCGCAGACAGGAGAGGCCAGUAAACUCCCGUACGAUGUCACACCAGACCAGGCACUCAGUCAUGACGAGGUCAAACAGAGACUAGAUGCAUCCAUCAAGAACAUGAGGGCAAUCACCGACAAAUUCCUAUCGGCCAUUGUUACAUCGGUGGACAAAAUCCCAUAUGGAAUGAGGCUGAUUGCAAAAGUCCUGAAAGAUUCCCUGCAUGAGAAGUUUCCGGAUGCUACAGAUGACGAGCUCAUUAAGAUUGUCGGGAAUCUGCUGUAUUACCGCUACAUGAACCCAGCCAUUGUGGCUCCUGACGCUUUCGAUAUCAUCGACAUCUCGGCUGGGGGUGGGGGCCUGACCACCGAUCAGAGAAGGAACCUGGGCUCCAUUGCCAAGGUCUUACAACACGCUGCCUCCAGUAAAAUGUUCGACAAGGAAAACUGCCACCUGGGCUCAGUAAACGAUUACCUCUCUCAGGCACACAUGAAGUUCAGACGAUUCUUCCAGGCUGCUUGUGAGGUUCCGGAGCUUGAGGACCGUUUUAACGUUGAUGAAUACUCAGACCUCGUGACCCUGACAAAGCCGGUGAUUUAUAUUUCCAUUGGAGAGAUCAUCAACACUCACACGCUUUUCCUGGAUCACCAAGAUGCCAUUGCUCCAGAACACAAUGAUCCCAUUCAUGAGCUGUUGGAAGAUCUUGGCGAAGUGCCCACCAUUGAGUCUCUAGUUGGUGAAGGGGUUUUGCAUGAAACGAAUAAAGAGCAGCUUUCCAAGACCGAGCUGUCCCUGACCCUCACCAACAAAUUUGAUGUGUCUGGGAGUGAGAACGAGGAGAUGAACGCACGCACUCUGUUGCUGAACACCAAGCGUUUGAUUGUCGAUGUGAUUCGUUUCCAACCCGGUGAAACUCUGACCGAGAUCUUGGAGACUCCAGCCUCUGCGGAGCAAGAUGCUGAUCACCAGCGAGCCAUGCAGAGGAGAGCUAUACGAGAUGCCAAGACUCCGGAGAAGAUGAAACGGAACCAGGUCCAGUUGGAGGAAAACCAGAUGUCUCUGAAGGAGAAGAAAGAGAGAAUUGAACAGAACUUGAAAAAGUUGGCAAGUCUGGGAAAAGUCAACCCAGUGAACAAGUACCAGGAUCUGAUCAAUGACAUCGCCAAGGACAUUCGAAACCAGCGGCGAUACCGGCAGAGGCGGAAGGCAGAGCUGGUGCGAUUGCAGCAGACAUACAGCGGCCUGAUCUCCAAAACUGCCUUCUUCGAAGAGCAGAUAGACUACUACAACCAGUACAUCAAGACCUGCAUGGACAACCUGGCCAGCAAAGGAAAAGUUUCGAAGAAGCCAGGAGAUGUUAAAGGAAAGAAAAGCAAACAGGUCUCGCAUCGAUACACGGCAGCAAGACUCCAUGAGAAGGGUGUUCUGCUUGAAAUCGAGGAUCUCAACAGCAACCAGUUUAAAAAUGUUAUCUUUGACAUCUGCCCAACAGAAGAGGUGGGUGACUUUGAAGUGAAGGCCAAGUUCAUGGGAGUUCAAAUGGAGACAUUCAUGCUGCACUAUCAGGAUCUCCUCCAGCUCCAAUAUGAAGGUGUUGCCGUCAUGAAGCUGUUCGACAAAGCGAAGGUUAAUGUCAACCUGCUGAUCUUCCUCCUGAACAAGAAGUUCUACGGGAAAUAGCGGGGACUUCACCCGCCCCUCGCCACUGGGGUCAAGAGCUCAAUGCCAGCGUCACGUUAUUGAACGAGGCUCUGAUGAGGGGCUGCCGUGCUUGUACUUCUCCCUUUUUGUUUAGGCUCUGUGCCAAUCAGAACUGAGCAUCUUUGAAGAGUGUAUCAGCACCAUCUGGAGCAGAGUCGGGUCAUUGGAGCAGGCGUGCAAUUCUAUAUGUAGUAUUAUACUGCUGGAACGUUUAUAGACUUGGUAUAUGCAUCAGUAGCUGUCUGUGUACUGCUUGAGGGGCAUAAACAUUAAAAAACACAACCUUUUCA